AUGGCCACACCAAUGAAGACUGUUAGACGCAACCCCUCUUAUUCUUUCCUGAAUCCGAAUCUGGAUUCCAUUGGGUGUUUAGCAAAGAAGAUUACGCCAGAUGAGACAACCAACUUCAGAAAGGAAUAUGGGUACAUUCUGAGUCUUCUCAAGAUGCCGUUCACCAAGUACGAGCAAGAAGGGGUUCAUACUUUGCUGCAGUUCUAUAAUCCUUCCCUUCGCUGCUUCACGUUCACCGACUACCUCCUGGUUCCUACAUUGGAAGAGUAUUCCCUGUUUCUUGGCAUCCCUAUAAAGAAGGAAGUGCCAUACUAUAGCACCAUGAAGGCCCCCGAUUCCAUUGAAAUUGCUAAGGCUCUUUAUUUGAGCAAGUCGGUUGUGGAAGCAAAUCUUACCAAGAAGGGAGGAGGUUUUGGUUUUUGCAUGGAGUUUCUGGUUAAAAGGGGUUGUGAAGCUGCUGAAGCAAAGGAAUGGGACACAUUUAGGGCUAUCUUGGCUCUAAGUAUAUAUGGCAUCGUGUCACAUCUGCCUGAGCGUGGCGCUUUCGUUGAUAAUAGGCACACAUCUAAAUGGGCUGAAAGGAUUAUGGGGCUGAGGGCUAAAGAUAUUGUCUGGUACAAUAGCGCUUUAGAUGACAGGGAAGUUAUUAUGAGUUGCGGAAAGUUCAAAAACGUACCUCUCAUGGGUCUUAGGGGUGGAAUAAACUAUAACCCCGUCUUGGCCAGAAGAACAUUUGGAUAUGCUUUUAUCAGUCCACCGGAGCAAACAGAGAUAGCUGAGAACAUUUUCUAUCAUGUGGCCACCGACAAUGGGCAAAUGGCAGAAGCUGUGCAGGCUUGGAAGAGUAUUUGCUGGAGAGAUAAGAAACAUUUUGGUCAGCGAGAUUGUGCUACUUAUGAGGACUAUACUAAAUGGGUCGAAUCUGUGGUUGCUGUUCGAGGGAUGCCUUUCCCUCCCAAGGAUCCUUUGUACCCCCCUGCUGGUAAACAACCCAACAUUGUCUCCAUGCCCUGUUAUAAUCAAACUGUGGAAGAGAAUCGAAAAUUGACCGAACAAAUGGAAACAAUGCAAGUUAAGAUGAAGAAAAAGAUAAAGGAACAUUACGAGGCUCAGUUGGCAGAAUUGACUAAAAGACUCCAGAUUCAGACUGAAAAUGCCAAUUCAGAGAAAUCUCGUCGCAAGAAGGCAGACAAACUCUUGUUGGAUCGUCAGAAUACCAUAGAGAAGUGUUAUGAAGAGAUCAGAAAGCUGAAAGGCCAGAUAAGAGAAAAAGACCAAGAUAAUGUCCAAGUUCAAGAGGAAGCUAGGUAUUGGGAGGUGAAGAACCGCAACAUGGAAACAAUGCAUUUCAGAAAAGACCUGCUGAUUCAAGAGAUCAUUAAGAGGCCCACCCGUGCUGAGACCAAGAAGCUCUUUGAAGAAAUGAAGACUUGGAGUGAUAAGCACAUUGGAGAUAGCCCUCUUCGCCAUUUGGACAUGGGAGAUCCUGCUUGA